CUGGAAGUUUCCAACCACUGGUGGUACUCCAUGCUUAUCCAGCCUCCCUUGCUGAAGGACAGCGUGGCUGCCCCACUGCUCUCCGCCUACUACCCUGACUGUGUCGGCAUGAGCCCCUCCUGCACCAGCACGCAUCGUGCCGCAGCUACCACCGGCAGUGCCAGCCCGGGGAAGAUGGAGCCCUCCAAGGCGGCCCCCUCUCCACUUGUUCUAGGCAUGAACCGCUACUUCCAGCCCUUCUACCAGCCCAAUGAGUGUGGCAAAGCCCUGUGUGUGAGGCCCGAUGUGAUGGAACUGGAUGAGCUUUAUGAGUUUCCAGAAUAUUCUCGAGACCCCACCAUGUACCUAGCUUUGAGAAACCUCAUCCUCGCUCUGUGGUACACAAACUGCAAAGAAGCUCUUACUCCUCAGAAGUGCAUUCCCCACAUUAUCGUCCGGGGCCUUGUGCGCAUUCGAUGUGUCCAGGAAGUAGAGAGGAUUCUUUACUUUAUGACGAGGAAAGGCCUCAUCAACACAGGAGUUCUCACCGUGGAACCUGGCCAGCAUCUUCUUCCUAAACACUACCACAAUAAAUCGGUUCUGGUUGUUGGGGCUGGUCCAGCAGGCUUAGCAGCUGCUAGGCAACUACAUAACUUUGGGAUGAAGGUGACUGUCCUGGAAGCCAAAGAUCGAAUCGGAGGCCGAGUAUGGGAUGACAAGUCUUUUAAAGGCGUCGUAGUGGGAAGAGGACCCCAGAUUGUCAAUGGCUGUAUUAAUAACCCAGUAGCACUAAUGUGUGAGCAACUUGGCAUCAGCAUGCAUAAGUUGGGAGAGAGAUGUGACUUAAUUCAGGAAGGUGGACGGAUAACUGACCCCACUAUUGACAAGCGCAUGGAUUUUCAUUUUAAUGCUCUCUUGGAUGUUGUCUCUGAGUGGAGGAAGGAUAAGACUCUGCUCCAAGAUGUCCCUUUAGGAGAGAAGAUAGAGGAGAUCUACCGAGCUUUUGUGAAGGAGUCUGGCAUCCAGUUCAGCGAGCUGGAGGGCCAGGUGUUACAGUUCCAUCUGAGUAACCUGGAGUACGCCUGUGGCAGCAGUCUGCACCAGGUGUCUGCACGCUCCUGGGACCACAAUGAAUUCUUUGCACAGUUUGCUGGUGACCAUACUCUUCUAACUCCUGGAUACUCCACUAUCAUUGACAAACUGGCUGAAGGACUAGACAUUCGCCUCAAAUCUCCAGUGCAAAGUAUAGAUUAUACUGGAGAUGAAGUGCAAGUUACCACGACAGAUGGUACGGGGCAUUCUGCACAAAAGGUAUUAGUCACUGUACCAUUGGCCAUACUACAGAGAGGUGCCAUCCAGUUUAAUCCACCAUUGUCAGAGAAGAAGAUGAAGGCCAUCAAUAGCUUGGGCGCAGGCAUCAUUGAAAAGAUUGCCUUGCAGUUUCCGUAUAGAUUUUGGGACAGUAAAGUUCAAGGGGCUGACUUUUUUGGUCAUGUUCCUCCCAGUGCCAGCCAGCGAGGGCUCUUUGCUGUAUACUAUGACAUGGACCCCCAGCAGAGUGUACUGAUGUCCGUGAUCACAGGGGAGGCAGUGGCAUCCCUUAGGACCAUGGAUGACAAGCAGGUGUUACAGCAGUGCAUGGGCGUCCUUCGGGAGCUGUUUAAGGAGCAGGAGAUCCCAGAACCCACCAAGUAUUUUGUCACACGGUGGAGCACAGAGCCAUGGAUCCAGAUGGCAUAUAGUUUCGUCAAGACAUUUGGAAGUGGUGAGGCCUAUGACAUCAUUGCUGAAGAAAUACAAGGAACUGUCUUUUUUGCUGGUGAGGCAACAAACAGGCAUUUCCCACAAACUGUUACAGGGGCAUAUUUGAGUGGUGUUCGAGAAGCAAGCAAGAUUGCAGCCUUUUAAAAAAAACAUGUAUGGACUUAAGCUUUCUUCUGUGUCCCAAAUGGAAAAGUUUAAAACACAAGUUGAACUUAAGUUUUGUACGAGAGAGGAGACUCUGUAUAGUAAAAUUGAAAUGUUUCUGUGGUGAUAGGAAAAUGUAAACCCAUUUCACUCUUCUGAAAUCACUGACCCUCAAAAUCCUUCUAGGCACUUAUAUUUAAUUUUAUUUUUCCAUAGGCCCAAUUAGUGCUGAGUCCUGUGGUUUUCAGAAGGUGGCACAGUGUAACCUAACAUUGAGACCUUCAUUCUGGUUGGGGGGGUUCCCUUCAAACUGGACAUUCUAGUUGGCAGAUUACUUUUCAUACAUUGUGAAACCAGGUAAUCCAGCAGGGGUCACUAGCAAACUUAGAGAAAGCCAUGUGUUUUUCUGUGACAAUUUAUCAGUACCUUUACCAAUGAGCCUUAAUAUUUUUACACAGCUCCAAUCUUUGGGCUUUUCUUAAAAUUUUAAUUCUUUUUUGAUACAAUUUGAAGGUAUGACAUGAAGCUUCUAGGCUAUUUUAUACUACAUAUAUUUCUUUUCAUUGGGUAUUCAAAACUUAAGAUUCAGGUAUAUUUUGAUAUUUUAGAUCUGUGCAUUCAUCAGGAACACAAGACUCACAAUCUCUUAACAGUGAGUGUAUAUGUUACAUUCUCAAUG